ACUCAAGUUUGCUUCGGUUGUUGCUUAGCUGGACCAUCAUGGCCAAUUUUGGGGAGAUUUUAGAAGCUAUUGGAGAUUUUGGACUCUUUCAAAAGCUUCUGUUGUUUGCUUUGUGCUUUCCAAAUCUCAUAUUGCCUUUUCAGUUAUCCAGCCUUGUGUUCAACCAUGCAGACACCAACCAUCACUGCAACACUGACUGGAUCCUUAAGGUUGGUCCCAAUCUGACGAAAGAAGAGCAGCUCAACCUGACUCUGCCCAGGCUCUCGGAUGGCUCUUUUAAUCCUUGUCAAAUGUACGUGCCGGUGGAUUGGAAUCUGUCUGCUAUAUGGGAAUAUGGGCUUAAUCAAACCACUACUUGUACUGAUGGAUGGGUGCAUAAUGAUACUAUUUAUGAGGCAACCAUUGUCACUGAUUUUGACCUUGUUUGUGAAAAUGUUAAUAUAUUUCGGGGCGCUCAAACUGUUUUCUUCGCUGGAGUGCUGGUUGGAGCUAUACUUUUUGGGCCUUUUUCAGAAUCGUUUGGCCGUAAACGAGCUACACAGAUUCCUAUGGUGCUGAUGCUCAUAUUUACAGUGGUGACUGGUCUCUCUCCCAACUUUUACGUGUACCUUGUGUCCCAGUUCAUUAAUGGCAUUGGCCUUGGAGGAUUUCGGAUCAACAGUAUUAUCCUUGCCUGCGAGUGGAUUGGAGUCGCUCAGAGAUCAUAUGCAGCAUGUCUCAGUCAGGUCCUGGCCGCUUUAGGACAGGUCAUGUUUCUUGCUGUUGUGUAUUUUGUCAGGGACUGGAGGUUGGACCAGUUCAUAAUGGCUGGUCCGAUUGCAACUGUGGUCAUCUACAUAUGGUUUCUACCAGAGUCUGCCAGAUGGCUUCUUGACCGUGGACGAAAUAAAGAUGCGAAAAAACUCAUUCAGAAGGCAGCGGCGGUCAACAAACGUGCAGUUCCUGAAUCAUUAGUGGAGGAGGUCCUAAAAGAAAAGCCUGUUGAAAAAGGAGGUAUAAAAAUUCUUUUUAGAUCCCGUGUGCUCAGGAAAUAUUUCUUAGCCAUCACCUUUGCAUGGUGUGCUUUAAAUCUAGCCUACUACAGCAUGUCUCUGAACGUGGGGAAGUUUGGUCUUGAUAUUUUUCUCACUCAGCUGAUAUUCGGCUUGUCUGAGAUCCCCGUUCACUUCCUCUGCAUGUGGUCUCUGGAGGUGGUUGGCAGGAAGCCGUCUCUGAUCUUCUCUCUCGUGUUGGGAGGGUCUCUCUGUCUCCUGACUGUCGCAGUUCCUCAAAAUAGCUCUAUCGCCAUCGCUGUUCUUGCCACAUGUGGAAGGUUCCUUAUGAACGCAGCAGGCAGUGUUUGCAAUGUUUAUUUUCAAGAACUGUUCCCCACGUCUAUUCGUCAGACAGCCACAGGUCUGGGCUCCACUGCUGCACGAGCCGCGAGUAUGCUGUCUCCUGUGGUGAACAUGUUGGAAAUGUUCCACUUCUCUAUCCCCAUGGUGGUGAUCUCCAGCCUGGCAUUAGCAAGUGGGGCAACGGCCUUCCUGCUGCCUGAGACCAGACGCACUGAACUGCCUGCUUCCACUGAGGAGGCAGAGGGCAAGAGUCUUCCCGAGGCCCUCAGACUAUGCAGAGUCACUGAUUCGAUCCAAGACCAGCAACGAGAUGAUCCCAAGGUUUCCAUAUCCUGGACCAGGCCGCAGCUACUGUGGUGGUCAUGGAGGAGUGGAGAACAUGAGACUGAUUCCUGUGAUGCUCCAGAGACAGACGAGUCUUCGCUGAGGCCAGCUUCCAGCCUCCGCCGCUGAGACUGCAGCUCUGCACAAGACGUUUGGCCAGCGGAGAAAUUAAAAUGGUUGUGCCCGACUGAGCCUGGUUUCUCUCAAGGUUUUUUUUCUUCACUUUCGCCAAUUAGUGAAGGUUUUUUCCCUCUCCGCUGUCGCCACUAGCUUGCAUGGUUUGGGAUCUGUAGAGCUGCGCAUCGUUGGAUUUGCUCUUCGGUAUUUGGACUCUCAGUAGUGAUUAUUAACCACACUGAACUGAGCUAAACUGAACUGAACUACACUGUUCCUAUUUACUAUGACCUUUUAUGUGAAGCUGCUUUGACACAAUCUACAUUGUAUAAGCGCUAUACAAAUAAAGGUGAAUUGAAUUGAAUUGAAUUAGCAGAAGCCCUUUCAGAAACAAUCUUUCUUUUUCAUGCAUACAAGGCCACGUUGGUCGUUCAAAAAGAAGUUCAGGUUGAUGCAGAGUUUGCCUGAUGACUUCUCUCUGUCAGCAGUAGAUCUGUAUGUUUCACGUGUGCGUGCGAGUGACGUACUGUAUCUGUUUGCUUAAAGAGACUCCACAGAAAAUCAAAUUUAAAUUUGUUGACAGACAGUUUGAGAUACCUGUCAUAAUUAAGUUAUUUGUUGGUCCGACAACAUUUAAUUGGAUGAACAUUUUUUUGUUUUAUGCCCUAUCCAGAAUAUAUAAAUACAUAUAAGUACAUUUAGAUCAUUUACUUUAAUCAUUACUAUUGGAAUCUGAAGAGACUUUCAACCAGCACAACAAAUGUUUCUGAUGACAAUCACCUACUGCACCUACUCACAUCAAAGACCAUAACAAUAAAAAUGUAGUUCUAAAAAUAAAAGAUUAAACCAAACUAUAACAGUAAAACUGGAACAUCAUGUAAGGAACAUCAUGUAAGGAAUCACAUUUACUGUAGGGACUAAAAAUGAUAAAACUUUUUAUGCACUUUGGCUAUUCAUUUACAUGACAACAGCAUUAUAGGGACAAGAAACAAGAUGUAAAAAAAAACCUCAUUAUUAUGUCUGUCUAAACUGCAAAAUUGCUUUUGUGUAAUAGUGACAACAUGCGCAUGUGUAUUAUUUAGAGUGUUCAUUCAGCGUUAUCUUGUGCACUAAUAUUGUUAUCAUUCUUAAAGUCUUUUGUUAACUAUUUCAAAAAGCAAACAUUUAGUUAUCUUUUACCAAGUUAAAGUAACACAUUAUCCCCUCUAUUUUCCCACAGGAAACCGAGAAUGACUAGUCCUGCAACUAGGGAUCGUGAAGACACCAAAGUAACCAAGUUAUAACAUCUUCUUGAAAAAAAUGGCAGUUAUUUGUUUUCGAUUUAAGAUUUUACAGUCACGAGUGCUGCAGUGUAUUUGCCAUUCAUCAACACAUGUAACAUUUGUAGAUUUGGUGUUUUGUAAAUAUGUAAAAUAAUAUGCAAU